GUGGCUAGGGCUGGACGUGGAAUCAGGAAUGAAGAAAAAAUGGAUAUCGUGCUGGCAUGCUAACCCAAACGUAAUUUAAAAGACAAUGUAACCAUUGAUUGUCAUAUCAACAGAUGCAUUUUCCCGAGGACAUCAUUACCCUGGCCCCAGGUUGCUUCUCUCUCCUUCCCAAAACUCUGCCCCUGCGGUCUGUGGUCCAUAUUUUCAAUGAAGAGGAGGGCUGAGGAUUCUGGCCCAAGGAAGGAAAGACACCGGCCUACGAAAAGGGGAGACAAAUACAAUAUGAUGACCAUCUAACCUGAAGGAGGAAAUUAUUGUCCAAAAACAAACAAGUGAUACUGACCUAAUGAUAAAGACAGUGAAUAUGCAGCUCCACUGGUGCCAAUGAGGUUGUAGUUGGUUCCGGUGAUGUGCCAUGGGCUACGACGUCACCCGGUUCCAGGGGGAAGUGGAUGAGGACUUGCUGUGCCCCAUCUGCAGUGGAGUCCUAGAGGAGCCUGUGCAGGCCCCUCACUGUGAGCACGCCUUCUGCAAUGCCUGCAUCACCCAGUGGUUCUCUCAGCAGCAGAUAUGCCCCGUGGACCGCAGCGUGGUGACACUGGCCCACCUGCGCCCCGUGCCCCGCAUCAUGCGCAACAUGCUCUCCAAGCUGCAAAUCACCUGCGACAACGCCGGCUUUGGCUGCGCUGCUGUGCUACGUCUGGACCAGCUGCAGUCGCACCUCAGGGACUGCCAGCACAACCCCAAGAGGCCCGUCCAGUGCGAGCAGGGCUGUGGUCUGGAGAUGCCUAAAGACGAGGUGUCCAGCCAUAACUGCAUCAAACACCUGCGCAGCGUGGUGCAGCAACAGCAGGGCAAGAUCGCAGACCUGGAGAAGGCCUCUGCUGAACACAAGCACCAGCUAGCGGAGCAGAAACGGGACAUCCAGCUAUUGAAGGCGUACAUGAGGGCCAUCCGCGGUGCCAACCCCAACCUGCAGAACCUGGAGGACACCAUUGAGUACAAUGAGAUCCUGGAGUGGGUGAACUCCCUCCAGCCGGCGCGCGUCACCCGCUGGGGCGGCAUGAUCUCAACGCCGGACGCCGUCCUCCAGGCGGUCAUCAAGCGCUCGCUCAUCGACAGCGGCUGCCCGCCUUCCAUCAUCAACGACCUUAUCGAGAACGCCCACGAGAGGAACUGGCCCGCCGGCCUGGCCACACUGGAAACGCGGCAGAUGAACCGGCGCUACUAUGAGAAUUACGUGGCCAAGCGUAUCCCGGGGAAACAGGCGGUGGUGGUGAUGGCCUGUGAGAACCAGCAUAUGGGGGAGGACAUGAUCCUGGAGCCAGGCCUGGUCAUGAUCUUUGCCCAUGGGGUGGAGGAGAUACUAUGACCCGGCUGGGGGUGGCGGAGAGCAGAGAAGGAGAGACUUCUGACUAACCUGAACUGAACAAAGGAGAGGAGGGAGCAGCUGAUGCUAUGACACUUAUGGCUGCGUACAAAAUGGCACCCUAUUCCCUAUAGGCCCUGGUCAAAAGUAGUGCACUAUAUAGGGUAUCGGGUGACAUUUGGAACGUAGCGUAUGACACCGUAAGAGCAGGGGAAGAUCCUAUGACAGAGACGGGAUUAAAGAGAUGUGACACCAAUAGAAGGCUUUAGAGGGGAAACCAUGACAAAUCGGGGGGUAGGGUAGUAUCGAGUGGGGGUGAUGGAGGGACAGGUAAAAGUAGUUGGGGUCUCCAACUAAGAGGGUAGAGGAAAUAGAAGUGAAGGGUAAACAUCCUGAAGGAGACGCUCUAAAUCAGGAUUACCCCGCUCUCUCUGCCUUAAACACAUGUUUUAUUUAGAGAAAAGAAAACUAACAUGGACUGAUCAGUCAUAGGAAGAAAGAAGCAAGAUUGUAGCCUAAUCUGCCUUCUCCCCGCCCCCUCUGCUGCUGACAAAAUAUCCGAUUGGCUGACUAUAAUGCGAUGACUCAUCCGCACCACCAUGGCUUCCAGUUGUGUAUGACUCAUAGAGAAUGAUAGAGGCCUCUAGUGGCCAAAAGGCAGUAUUAGCAUGGGCAGCGCCAUUGAGGCCUUCC